AUGAAUUCUGCAAACAAGGCCAGUUACAACAAUAAGACCUACGCUUCGGUGUUCGCCAGACAGCCUCCUCGAAUCCUCAUUGUGGAUGUGACUCCGCCCUUGUGGUUGGACACCUGCACUAACCUGUGCGAGGCACUGGAAAAUUUCUUCUCCCUUGCGUGCAGCUUGGCCGGCCCCUGUCGCGUCCCAUUGCUAAGCCUCUACGUGGUCCAUAACCAACAGGAAUGUCUGCUUCCUUUUGUGCAAGUUAAGGGUAACUUUGCCAGACUACACUCAUGUGUCACAGAGCUCAGGUCAAUGCCAAAGGAGGGAUGUUUACGACAAAAGCCGGACUCUCUCGCCCAUGCGAUUGAAGACGGUGUGCUGCAGUUCAAACAGUACAUGCGUCACAUGACUGUUGGAGGGUCCCUGAACAGCUGCUCAGUGGAGAUUACCGUGCUGACCAGCCAGCCAGGCAGGCAUGUGGUAAAGCAGCUGGAGUCUGGGCUGAGCAGCACUGACCUGGUCAGUCUCAGGAGGGUGCAGGUCGUCCACAUCUCAAAGGGAAACCCACUGAUGAUGACAGACAUGGAUUGGAGCCCACAGCCACUUUCUGGAGAAGAGGGGGAAAUGGAUGAGAAUGCAAUUCUGGGCACAGACAUUGACCUACAGAGCGUGGAGAAUGAUGCUGUCUGUCUGGAGAGCUUCUUCAAGGCCUGGCUGCAUGACCACAGCUCUGACAAAGAGCAUCUCCACCUGCUCCUGCCUCCGGGGGGUUUCACAGACAAGAGCAGCCCGAUGUGUUUGAAGUGUGAUGUUCAGGAAAGGCUCCUCAGUCCAACCCUGCUCCCUGGAGCUGCAGACUUCACUGUGAAGACCGAAAGUGUCAAAGACUUCCAGCAGACCCACAAGGCCCCAGCCAACCUGUACCGGCUCAGAGUCCUAAAGGCCCUGAAAUCCAGUGGGGUGUGUGAGUCUGUGUUCUUCGGACUUCCUGUCAUCAUAAGGCCCACAAACUGCUGGCAGCUGGACUGGGAUGAACUGGAGUCCAACUACCAGACCUUCCAGGCUCUCUGCCACACCCUGAGGAACAGAGACUGGUUGCUGCUGGCACGCUGUGAGCCCCAGACUCAGGGGCCGAGCUGGAGGGUCACUGUAUACUCAUACUACGUUAUCCAGCCCUCCGCCUCCCUCACCCUGCUCAUGAAGCCUGUGGUGGUCAGGGAGUUGCUGCUGCCCUGCCACCUUCCUGUGGUAGACGAGGAACCACCAGAGGCAGCACUCAGCAGAAUACAGAGUUCGCUGGAUGUACUCGAUGUGGACCCUGCAUACAACCCUUUGGCCCUGAAAAGCAACCUGUACAAGCACCUGCGUGGGCUCCUGGGCAGGACUCCCUACAGACAACAGACACAGCGCAGAGAGCAGCGUCCCUCAGAGCAGCCUCCACACCGGCAGGUGAGAGUAUAGGGCAGGGCAUUAAUCUGGGGGACCAGGGGACUGCGCAUGGCAUA